CUUUCGUUUUUUAUUUUUAAGCAAGUUUUCGAUUUGAGAUUGUGUGCUAUUUAUCUAACUUUAUUUUAAUAUCUUUAUUGCUUAUUUUUUUUUUAAAUAUCAGCUAGCAUGCAGUGCAAUGCUACCUCGUCGCCGAAACAUUGGUAUUAGUGAGCGACACUUGCUGGAGAAUUCCGAGGACACGUAUGAUAAAUUAGACAAGAAAGGUUUUCCUCAUAAUCAAUCAACAAAACCAAUCCCGACUUCAGGAUAUUUUCAAGUGAACACUCGUUUACAAGAAAGUCAACCAGAGGAAGAUUACAAAUUCGAUUUCCUUGAAGAUUUUGUCUUUGAAACAGUGAUGGCAGCGAGAGAUCGUACAAAUGAAUUUAUUGCAACAGUUCGUAGUUUACAAGGCAGAACGCUAGCUCGACCUGUCAUUAGAGAUGAAAAAAAAGCAGCUGUUCUCGAAACAUACUCUCAAUUCAUGAGUAUGGCUAAAGUUAUCAGCAAAAAUAUAACAAGUACCUAUGCUAAGUUGGAGAAAUUGGCUUUAUUGGCUAAAAAAAAGUCUUUAUUUGAUGAUCGCCCUACAGAAAUUCAAGAGUUGACAUAUAUUAUAAAAGGAGAUUUGAGUUCCUUGAAUCAACAGAUAGCUAGAUUAGGAGAAAUGCCAAGAGGUAGGCGCAGUAUGCAUAGUCAUUCCUCCAGUGUUGUUGUUGCUUUACAAUCCCGACUUGCAUCCAUGAGUAACCAAUUUAAACAGGUACUAGAAGUGAGAUCAGAGAAUUUGAAACAUCAAAAUAACCGAAGAGAACAAUUUUCAAGAGUAGCUCCAACAGUACCAGAGGUUCCUUCUUUAUUACAACAAAAUGAAAUUAGUAUUGAUUUUGGCGACGUUGAUUCUGGUCUUCAAACACAACAGUUAGCCUUUAGAGAUGACACAGAAUCAUAUGUGCAACAAAGAGCUGAAACUAUGCAUAAUAUUGAAAGCACUAUUGUUGAGCUAGGUGGCAUAUUUCAACAGCUAGCACACAUGGUAAAGGAGCAGGAUGAGGCUAUCGGUAGAAUUGAUGCUAAUAUUCAAGAGGCAGAGAUGAACGUUGAAGCCGGCCAUAGAGAAAUAAUGAAAUACUUUCAGAGUGUUACUGGCAACAGAGCUCUCAUGUUCAAGAUAUUUGGAGUGUUAAUAUUCUUCUUUAUAUUUUUUGUUGUAGUUAUGGCGUAACUCAAAUAUUAUGUUGAUUUACAUAAAUAUAUACAUAUAUGUAUUGUACAAGUAAAU